GUAAUCCCCGACAGUAUCGCACACCGGAGUGGUCUCCAUGAGGGCGACCUAUUGGUGAGGAUCGGGAACAUAACACUCAAAGGCCUCACCCAUGAAGAGGUUCAGGAGAUAAUCCUCCGAUGCAUGAGUACUAUCGACUUGUUUAUAAUCAGGUAA